CGGUGGUGGGCGCGGUGUGUCGCCGCAGCGGACACCCCGCGGCGGCGAGUACCUCACGAAACUGCUCGAACGACUGGACGCCUGGAUACGGGAACGACGACGACGACGCCGCGAUGGAGCUCCGCAUCGGGCUCGACUACGUGGUGGAGCACCCGGAGUACACCCGCACGUUGGCCACCGCGGCCGCGUCGGGCAACAGCGACCUGCGUCGCCAGGUGUGGGAGCUGCUAGUGGCGCUGUGCGUCCGCGGCGGCGAGGGCACCCGACGGGCGCUGUCCACUCUCGACCAGCUGGCCACGCUGCGCGCCCAGCGCACCCGGCUGGCCGCCCUGGCGCUGGCCAUAUCGCGAGGCACCGACGACGAGGUGCCGCCUCUGCUGGCGCUCGCCAACAAGGCGCUCAGCGGACGCGACAGGGCCAGGCUGCGCGCCGAGCUCAGGGCCAGAGGGUCCAAGGUUCCCGCAGGCCUGACGUCCCCUCCUCCCGAAGAGAGCGGAUGGCCUUCGGGUGCGUCGGGUCCUCCGGAGACGUUGCAGCAGGCCUGGACGGCGCUUUCGACGAGGGCAUCCGGCAGCGGUAAGCGCGAGGCGUACCUGCUGCGCGCCCUGCAGCGUCUUCUCGCCGACGACGCCUGGGACACGCCCGUCCGACAAACCAAGCACAGCCAGACCAGCCUAGAGGCCCUGGACCGAUGUGGUACGGGACCCGCAACCGCGACUGCCGUUACCGCGAAGGCAGUCCCCACGACAACGCCUGCUGUCACGCAGACCAGCACCCCGACCACUGUCACCGCUUCCGCAUCGCCCGGUGACAGCGGUGGCGGCAACAACAGGAGAUGCUGCAGCUGCCGUUGCCACGAGCCAGCGCCCGCAGAGAACAAGGCACCAACGGAUGGACCACCGGUAAACUUCGCACCGCCACCAGGUCCCAACCUGUCGGGACCUCCACCGCCACCGCCGCCCCCGCUGCCGACUGCUCCACCGCCUCCGAUGGCUCCAGCACUGCCGUCGGCGCCUCAACCGUCGGAGCCGGCGCCGUGCCUGGUGCAGUCGUGGCCGCAGCCGGGCACCAAGAUGCGCACGCUUAAUUGGAACAAGAUACCCGCGCAAAAGGUACUUGCCGGCGGCCGUAAGAGCCUGUGGCGGCGCAUCGCAGAGAGCCACACCGGAGGAGAAUCCCCGCUUGACUUCGCGCACCUCGAGGGUCUGUUCUGCCAGCACCAGCCAUCGCAGCCUGCGACCUCGGCGCACGCCACGGGCUCCGCAGGAGGCGGCCCCAGCUCUGGCGGGGCAGGCGGCGGCGGAGGUACGGGCAGCGGCAGCGAAGGCCGCGGCCCACGUGAUCCUGCGUCGGGUCGUUCGGGAGACGAGGCACCGCUCAGGAUACUCGACGCGCAGAGGAGCCUGCAGGUGGGCAUUUUCCUGAAGCAACUGCGUGGCCAGGCGGACGAGGCUCAACUUCUCGACAUCUUGCGCCGCGGAGGAAGCGGCGGGGGAAACCUGGGCGCCGACAAGCUGCGUGCUCUGCAGGCGCUGCUGCCGGCGCCCGAGUCGGCGACCGCUCUCGAGACGGCCCUGCUCGAGCGGGAACCAGGACAACUGGCGCCACCCGAGGCCUUUCUCGCCAGGAUCCUGCGACUCCCGGACUAUCGACUGCGCGUUGAGAGCCUCCUUCUUCAAGAAGAACUCCCCACCAUCGUCGCCUCUCUCGAGACCUCCAUGACCUGCCUCAGAAACGCUGCCAAAGAAAUACAAGACUGCAAAGCCCUGCAUGAAGUCCUCUACAUGAUUCUGGUGGCGGGAAACUUCCUCAAUUCGGGAGGCUACGCCGGUAACGCGGCUGGUUUCCAGGUGAUGUCACUGCUCAAGGUCGCCGAGCUGCGCUCCAACCGGCCAGGAGUGGGGCUCCUUCACUACGUGGCACAGGAGGCCGAGCGUGCGCAAGUCCUGGGCGGCGGCCAUCUGGGCUACGACUCCGUGCUGCCCUCGCUUGAGGCGGCGAGUCGCGUGUCAGGAGACCAGGUGCGAGCCGACGUUUCGGCUCUCGCUGAGCGCCUGGCUCGGCUUCAGGCGGAUGCGUCGAGGGCGGCCGGCCGCCCUUCCUGCGACGACGCCUUCCUGGCGCGCACGCGAGCGCUGCUCGAGCUCGUCCAGCGUGAGCUCGAGCGUCUGCGACGGAGCCUGCGCACUCUGGAGCAGGCUCGAAACGACCUAGCCGCCUUCUUCUGCGAGGAUCCGGCAAGCUUCCAGUUGGAAGAGUGCUGCGGCGUCAUCGCCACUUUCUGGAGGAGCUUCAGGGCUGCCGACCAGGAGAACCGCAGGCGCUCCAUCGCCGAGCCCGAUGGCGGCCAGCCGCGAGGUCCCGGCGACAUGCCGAGACUUCGCACCACAGAUGAGCGUGGUUUCACGACUAGCGCCAGCUCCCCGGACGCUAGUCCUUCGAACAGCCUGCGCCGCAGCUUUCGCCGCAGUCGACCUUCCUCGUCCGAGAUGGCCAGUGACGACCAGCUGUUCGACUUCCUCAGGCACGGCUCGGACAGGGAGGACUCGCUCGGACGACGGGCGUCGCGCCGCGAAGCGAGACGGCGCUGGGCUGCGGACCUCUCAGAGGACUCUACAUCUCGUGAAAGGGUGCCUUCACGAGAGAUUGAGCAGACGCCUCCGGCGUCAACACCUCGUGAACCGGCUACCAGCUCUUUCCCGGCUGCCGACGCGCCGUCGUACACACCGAGGCGCUCGUUGGCAAAACCCACUUCCACAACGGCUGCAAGUUUCACGACAACGACGCCGUCGAUAGAAUCCCCGAGGAGUGUUCCUCGACACGACGCGUCAGACAAGUCCGUUACGCGGUCGCCACCCCCGCCGAUUACUCCGGCAUGUACGGCACCACUCGGCACACCCGAAGCAACGACCCAGGUUGACUUUUCUCGUCGGACUGCCGCUCCUAUCAAGAGAAUCCCUCCACCAUCACCGGUGCCGGCAGUUCCCGCAGUACCGACGACCACCCCGACUGCCCAAGUCAGCUUUGUCCACAGCAGUAGCCCUCCCAGACGAAGCGCCCUGCCGUCGCCAACACCGACAUCUACUCAAUCUACGAACAUGACGACGCCACCUACAACGCCCAACAUCGCUUCUACCGUGGUAAACAGCCAGCCACACCAGGGUAAUGGCUUACCGUCGCCACCCCCUAGAAUAACGCCACCGCUUCAACUCACACCACGGGCGACGCCACCUCCACUGACGACCCCGCCUUCCCGCGUGACACCUCCUCCCCGGCUAACUCAGCCUUACGGAAUAACAACAACCCCUUCCGUAACAACUCCACGGACGACACCAUCGCCUACCAGGGCGACACCACCGCCUCAAGUAACACCGCCGUCAACGACGAAUUUGCAAUCACCACCUCUGCUGCCAGCGACUCCGCCGACUUUUCCGAGCAGCGUAUCUCCGCCGACGACAACACCCGCGAGAAGGGAAGGCUGGCCUCGCAGUGCCAUACCCACAAUGCCCGGAAGCACCGUGCUCAAGAGAAGCUCAAGAGUGUCUCCGUCGGAGAAACCCUUCAUGAGGGCCACAUCAGCCUGGACUGCGAGGUCGGGACCGCUGCCUGUGACCAACGGAAACACGCAGUCACCACCGUUCGGAUCAUCCCCACCGCUGAUCACUCCCUCAUCUCCUCUCUUCGGAACACACUCAGCGAACGUUGCUCUGCAGCGUCGAAUACCGUUAACGCCCCUUCGCGACCGAUCGGUGGGACAGCGACCGUCUAGAACGAAGACACCGCAGGAGAACCAGCAUAUACCUGGUUCGCGGUGGCGCAGCUCAAGGACGGGCAUGAGCCUGCAGUGAAUGAUUACAUAUAUGGACUGUGCAGCUGUACACCAUUUAGCGUCACCACUUGACAUGACCAGAAUUUGGGGACCCGCGCAAGUGGCACUAUCUCUCGGCGGCAGCUCUGCCCCCCCCCCCCCCCCCCUUGAGUGAACGGGACAAAGCCCCCAAAUAUACAAUACGCCACGAACAAAACUAGUUAUAAAAGCUGACUGACGGUUCUGCUUACGAAUGACCCACUGGAACAUUAUGGUCAAAUUCUAAUAUAGCACCACAAUUCGCCUUGGUUUCCAGGGUAUUCGAAUAUAUGUCAAACGGCUUAUAAGAACCUCGGGGGUGUCUCUGUGUGAAAUACUGAAAUCUUCUGGGAACAUAUACGACUUUGCGUCACGCUGUUGGAAUUUCACCAGAAUAUUCCAGUAGAUCAAAAGGUGUCAUGGCGCUAGCAGACAGGGACGAGGCAGACACAACGGGACAAGCGGCAACUUCAUUUAACCAAUUAGGCCAAAAAGCCACAUUGACAAACUUUGUUCCAGUAGAUACGUGUUGUAUAACACCGAGAAUCAAUUGAUAGCGAGCUUUGUUCGUCGGAUAUCUUUUUUGCUUUCAGCACAUAUUUCCCAUUCAGUUACGGCUGCGGCGCCACGGAGGCCGCCGAGAGACGGUGCCAUGUGCGCGUGUCCCCAAAUCCUGCACAGGAACGAUUACCUGCACGUCUACUGGUGAUGUAAAGAGGCGUGGAUCAGCCGGUACUGGUCUGCGCCACCGUGCACAGUAUAAGGCCUGUCGCAACGGGUAGCGCGAACGAUAAAUACAGAGACGAAGAAAAGGUAAUAGUGAUGUUCAUGAUAUUCCUGUAGCAUGUCACGUACUCACAAUGAGUUAUAUAGGGCGAGAAUUUGGCAGCUGAAAUGCGACCUACCAUUUUUAAAAUAUGCGUUAUGAUAAUGAUUGAGGAAUUAAGAGUAUCGUACAGUUUGGAAGUCAGACCAGAUGUGAUUAUCUUUAACUGAACGAGUUAAAAUAGUUAUACGGAGAAGAAGUGCUCAGCACGAGUGCUUUCUUUCCGCCCACGUCGUUCGCGCCACUCGUUGCAUCAAAUUGUGACCGACUCGCCCAUUUUUCCGUUCUCUUGAGUCAGCUUAGGUUGACGGAGUAAGGAUACCCCCUUUUUAGUCGAGGCUGUGGCGCUUUCACCGUGGCAAAAGAAGGGAAAAACAGUAAACGACUGCAUAUAUACUAUUACACUACAGAGAAAAAAAAGAAGGACUUUUACAGAGCCAACGUGUCUUCUACAGACUGCGCAUGCGGCAAAUUUACGAAGUGUCAUGUUUUUUUACAUGAAAUUACGCUUGGUUGCGUAAAAAUAGCUAUGACAUCGCGAUUCAUGAAUAGAGCAGUCACAAUACAUCCGACAGCAAAGCGAAUUUACAGAAAAAUAAAACAAUCAGUUUUUCAGAAAGAAAAAGCAACUUCGCAGUUGAAAAAACCUGCCUGAUUCGGGGCGCAAAAAGCUUGAUUUUUUAAAACUAAGAUGUUUAUUUCCGAUACACGCGUAAAGGUUUCCUCUGUAGCUUCGUUUUUAUGACAAUUUUUCCUCACAUGAAAGGUCAUCACCCCCUCCGUAUCACCGCCAAUCUAAUUUGUCAAGAAGAAUAUUUCGUGUUCAUAACAUACGUACAUCAUGAGUUCCGCUUUAACGUACGAACAUAUCUUUGAAAAUAUAUCUUUAGUUUCAACGUCGGAAUAUAUACGGAGGUGCUAACUUCAGCGGCCUCAAAACGAUCUUCCUGCACUCUACUAACUGAAAUGUGCAAUCGACGAGCAAAUGAAAUUUUCUGUUAUAAGUGUUUGGGUUACAAAAGCUAUUUAAGCAAUCGAUUAGCUCUAUCGACUCUCAUUUUCUAAUGAGGCUUAUAUUAACUGGAAACGAAAGGCAGAAAAGGGGCCUCUGCUCUACCGCGAAGUGGUAUGCCAUUCGUCCUUCACCUGCAUUAGUGUAGUAAGCUAGUCCGGAGAAAAACGUGUUGUGCCAAGUUCGCCUCUUUGACAGGCGGACUGAACUUUAUAUAUUUGCCGUAUGAAAAAUGCUGAAAGUGUGCCAAAAUAAAGUAUAUGCCAUGUUCCUGCUGCCCUUUCGUGCGACUCCAAACUCGCCGUGGUGCACACACGCGCCCUGCGACGGCUUCCGGUCACUUAGGGAAAGUAUGAAAGUAAUAAGCAUUCAAAUAGUUUGCCUCGCACUUAUAUAGUUUGCCUCG